UCGCUUAGAACUAACAAUAGAAGCAGAGAUAACAUAUUUUGACAUUUUAAUUAUAUACAAAUAAGUGCAUUUACUGAAAAAUAUUACAAUCAAUUAAGUAAUAUAUAAAUUGUAAUAAGAGCACUCUUAAGGUAGCAGUAGCAGUUCAUAAAACCAAAGGCAAAUGUCCGUUGAGACAAAAAUAUGUUUUAACUCUGCCGUGGGAUUUUAUUCAAAUUGCUAAGUGUUAAUAAAACAUGGAAAUAUCCGUUUCAUAGACGCUGCGAAUGAUAGGUCUACAACAUAAUUUCUUAUAGAAAUAAAUUAUACAUAGCUUAAAAUGCCUAUGGUGCCUAUUGCAAAAAAGAGAAUUAAAGUAACAGCUUCAGUCUUAAUAGUACUAAUAUUACUGCUUGCACUUUAUCGUUCGUUUUUGAAAGACCCCACUGAUGUAAACCGGUCCGAAGCAAAUUUAAAUAAGGAUCAUUGGGCAUUUGUCCACCCAAAGAUAAUGGACGAUGGAGAAAAGGAGGGCAUACAUCAAAAACAACAAAAACUUGUGAACCAAAUAGAACAAGCGAAAGCUCAAAUCGCCAUAUUAGAAGAUCGUGUACGUGCUUUAGAGGCAAGCACACCACGUAAAUAUCCACAAGUGAAAUAUUUAAACUAUAAAAAUCGCAAGCGUAUUUUGAUCACUGGAGGAGCCGGUUUCGUCGGUUCUCAUCUUGUCGACACACUUAUGGUGCAGGGUCAUGAAGUCAUUGUAGUUGAUAAUUUCUUCACAGGUCGGAAAAGAAAUGUGGAGCAUUGGCUGGGACAUGAAAAUUUUGAAUUAAUACAUCAUGAUAUUGUUAAUCCACUUUUCAUUGAAGUAGACGAGAUCUAUCAUCUGGCAUCACCAGCCUCACCUCCACAUUAUAUGUAUAAUCCAGUGAAGACCAUUAAAACCAACACCAUGGGAACUAUCAAUAUGCUGGGUUUAGCUAAAAGAGUUAUGGCAAAAGUACUUAUAGCCAGUACGUCGGAAGUAUAUGGUGAUCCAACUGUACACCCACAACCGGAAACAUAUUGGGGUCAUGUAAAUCCGAUUGGACCGAGAGCAUGUUAUGAUGAAGGAAAACGCGUUUCUGAAACUCUCAGUUAUGCUUAUGCUAAACAGGAAAAUGUAAAAGUACGCGUAGCACGUAUUUUCAAUACAUACGGUCCACGAAUGCAUAUGAAUGAUGGGCGUGUUGUUUCUAAUUUUAUUCUUCAAGCGCUACGUAAUGAAACCAUUACAGUUUACGGUAAUGGGAAGCAAACUCGCUCCUUUCAAUAUGUUUCAGAUUUAGUUGACGGAUUAAUUUCUUUAAUGGCUUCCAACUAUAGUCAACCUGUCAAUUUGGGUAAUCCGGUAGAGCAUACUAUUGAAGAGUUUGCAUGGAUCAUAAAAAAAUUAGUGGGUGGAAAAAGUGAAGUGAAACAAACAGAUGCAGUUGAAGAUGAUCCACAAAGGCGUAAACCUGAUAUAACACGUGCAAAAUCGGUUCUGAAUUGGGAACCAAAAGUCCCCCUGGACAUGGGGUUAUAUCGAACGAUUAGUUACUUUCGACGCGAAUUGGAAAGAUCAGAUCAAUUUCAAAAAGACUCGAGAAAAUAUUUCGAUUCGCCGGCUGUGGAAUAUAUCCAACAGAGCAGGCAAAAUUUUGUACCGGAUAAAAUUUAGAUCAGAGAAAAUAACAUUGUAUUCGAACUUUAUACAAUGUGUUCGUUUUAAAAUUAAAGAAAAUUUGCGACAUACAAUUAUUAAAGUAUGUAUGUUAGAGGUAAAGAAUGUAGAACGAUUUUGAAACUCCGUAAAAUAAGGGCGGUUCAAAUAAAUAUUGUUCUCUGUUGUUGUAUGUUUGUAGUUAAUGCCUUGUCUUUUCCUUUCCGCUUUGGUUAAUAUAGAAGAAGAAAGUGAAAGUUAAUGUUUAAAAAAUUUGUAUGUAUUUGUAAAAAAAGCAACUUAAUUAAUUAAAAAGGCUGUAUAUAAAUCUAGUUCUGUUUAAAUGGCUUUAUGUUUUUUUAUAGAAUAUAUGCAGCGAAUUGCAUGCUUUCUCACGAUUUUUUAUUUAUUUAUUGUAUUAGAAUUUAUUAAUAAAUUAGCUUAUUGAAC